AAAUGGGAUGGUCCCAGAGAGUUAAAAUAGCGAGGACUUAUGCAGUCUGUGUCCCAUGCGGACUUCCGUUAGUGUCCCAAUUCCACCGUUCUCAGCGCAUUGACGUCGACGUGUGUCUCCGCCAUGGUCGCCCAACCUGGGCACUAGUAGCACUUAACAGCGCAGCCGGCUGAGGAGUCGCUUCACUCACGGUCGGCAACCCACUCGACGCAGCGGUCUUCUUCCUUCAUCCGGCUGCUGGGGGCUCAGCCGCCUAAUCCUCUUCUCUAUAAAUUCGACCCCUUGGUUCGGCGUUCCUCGGCGUGGAGAUUGCUGGAGGGCAGCGAGGGCAGAAAGGGACCUAAAGGAGGCUUCGCUGAUACUGUAAGAUAAAGAUGAGAGUUUUCAGCCUCGAGAGCGUGAUCGAUGAGUUUGAAGAGCUGACAAAGGAUGCUGGCCAACAGCAGAGGGAGACUCUUCGAAAAAUACUCGAACAAAAUGGUGAAGCAGAGUACUUGCAGAAACUAGGCCUCGGAGGAAGAACUGACCCUGAGAGCUUCAAGGCUUGUGUCCCUCUGGUCACUCACAGCGACUUAGAUCCUUUUAUUCAGAGGAUAGCCAACGGAGAUACUUCUCCCAUUCUCACUGGGAAGCCUAUACGUUCCAUUUCACUCAGUUCUGGUACAACACAAGGAAAACCCAAGCUUUUGCCAUUCACUGAUGAGUUAGUUCAGUCCACAAUGCAGAUCUAUCGAACUUCAUUUGCAUUCCGGAACAGAGAAUAUCCAAUUGGCAAUGGAAAAGCUCUGCAGUUCAUCUAUAGCAGCAAGCAGGUUCAAACUAAAGGUGGCCUCAUCGCCACCACAGCUACCACCAAUGUGUACCGAACCGAGCAGUUCAAGUGUACAAUGAAGGAUAUCCAAUCACAGUGUUGCAGUCCAGAUGAAGUCAUCUUUGGUUCUGAUUUCCAGCAGUCCUUGUAUUGCCACCUCCUUUGCGGGCUGAUCUACUCCGAUGAAGUGCAGUUUGUCUUCUCUACAUUUGCACAUAGCAUAGUUCAUGCGUUCCGGAAAUUUGAGGAUGUGUGGGAGGAACUUUGUGAAGAUAUCCGAACCGGAGUUUUAUCAAGUAGAAUUACUGUUCCAUCGAUGCGUGCAGCUGUUUCUAAGCUUUUAAGGCCCAGUCCCGAUCUCGCGGACUCUAUCUACAAUAAAUGUAUGAUGUUGAGCAAUUGGUACGGCGUGAUCCAGGAGCUUUGGCCGAAUGCCAAGUACGUCUAUGGCAUUAUGACAGGGUCCAUGGAACCCUACUUGAACAAGUUAAGGCAUUAUGCAGGAAGCCUACCCCUCAUGAGCGCCGACUAUGGCUCUUCGGAAGGUUGGAUUGGAGCUAAUGUGAAUCCUAGUUUACCGCCUGAGUCUGUGACGUUCGCCGUGCUUCCUAACAUCGGCUACUUUGAAUUCAUCCCUCUGGAGAAGCCAGUAGGGCAGGAGACAGAGAUCAGUAAGGCCACCAUUCACUAUAUAGAAGGUGAACCAGUUGGCCUUACUGAAGUUGAAGUUGGAAAAGAGUAUGAAAUUGUCUUUACCAAUUUUGCAGGUCUCUAUAGGUACAGAUUGGGAGACGUCUUAAGGGUAGCUGGCUUUCACAACAGCACACCAGAGCUCCAAUUCAUAUGCAGAAGAAGCCUUGUGCUAAGCAUCAACAUCGACAAGAACACUGAGAAAGAUCUGCAGUUGGCAGUUGAAGAGGCAGCCAAACUGUUGGCCGUGGAAAAGCUUGAAGUUGUGGACUUCACAAGCCAUGUCGAUACGUCCAUGGAGCCUGGUCACUAUGUGAUCUUUUGGGAGCUAAGCUCUGAUGCUGCGACAGAGGACGUCCUCCACAGCUGCUGCAAUUGUCUGGACAUGUCCUUUGUGGAUGCCGGCUAUGUUUCUUCGCGCAAAGUCGGUGCAAUUGGACCUCUCGAGCUAUGCAUCGUGCGCAAAGGAACGUUCCACAAGAUCAUGGAUCAUUACCUGGAUCUCGGCGGCGCAAUGAGCCAGUUCAAGACACCUCGAUUUGUCGGCCGGUCCAACAUCAAGGUGCUGCAGAUCCUGAACAGGAAUGUGAUCGAGUGUUACUUCAGUACUGCUUAUGGCAUCUGAAACUCCAAGUUAAAUACUACUUUUCUUCUUUUCCAGCUCAAGCAAUGUGACUCUCUAAAUCUUAUAUCUCAACUUAAAGCAUAAGGGUGUUUCAAAAAUCAAAACUCAGUCCAGUGCUUUACAUUUGUCACAUCUGAUGUGAUUUGCCUGGUGAUUUUUGUUACAAGCUUAACCCUUGUUUGAUAGUGAUAUUAGAUCUUAUUCUAA